CCACCAGCGGCCAACGACCACCCUCCUUAUACGAGAUCCUAUACGAAGGUCCGAACUACCUAGUGUAAUACCUGUGUAUCUAUAGUCGGUACAUACUCUCCGAUCUAUCUUCUCGUACGCACGUGUGUCCCGCCGACCAUACGCACCGCCGUUAAUCAUGCCGCCCUCCGUCUCCGCACCCACGCCCUCCCUCCUUCUCACGAAACGCCUAACCGCGUUCCUCAGCUCGAACCUCAGCCCGCAGAUCCACACGGCCGCGCUCACCACUCUCUCGGGCAAGCUCCUCGCGCACGCGUCGCCCCACCCCGUCGGCACCCUGCGCACGCAAUGCACCGUCGCCGCCUCGAUAUGGGCGCUGUAUUCGACGGGAGAGAGGUAUACCGUCAUCGAAGCAUUGCCUCCGAAACAUAGCGGUCUAGAUACCAGCGACUUCUCGGUUCCGCCGACGCCCACACCGAACGCCGUGACCAUCCAGCUAACAGGCGGCGUAAUGGUGAUACGGCACCUGCGCUGCGGCCUGCUAUUCGUCUGCAUCGGGCCCCUAGGCGAGGACGGCCGACCAUCAACCUCGACCUCCCACGCCAACCCCAACACCACCUCACACUCCAACUCCAAUCUCAACCCCAACUCCGGCUCGCACUUCGGCCCCAGCCUCACUCCCCAGACUCCCACGCACGGCCACGGUCACUCCUCCCAUCCUCACACCCCCCAAAGCCAAGGCCGGCCCACGCCCUCGACCCCGAACAACGCCAGCCACGAAGCGCACCCCCAGACGCCGCUAGGCUCGCCCUCCGAAGUCGCGAGCGUGGCUAGCGCGGGCGCGGCGACGACGGCGAGCGUCGCGACCACGACCAGCGUCGCCGCGACCGCGGUCGUGGCGACGCGGCGCCAGGCGGAGGAGCUGGCGCGCUGGCUGGACGAUAAGCUGGGUAGUCUGGGGGUGUUGGAGGAGGGGCUUGGUGUUGAGGCGAGAUGAUACGGCACGUAUCGUGGAUGCGCGGGUAGUGUAGCUGGGGAAGGGGGGAGGGGGUUGUGUAUUAUUUAUUUUAGGGCUUGGGUGCUGUUUUAAUCCGUCAGCGUUCUAGGCCUCGCUGUUGUGGGUCUGGAGACAGUAUAUGUGUCGGUCAAGAAGGCUUGAUGUACUACUUUAUACUGUGGCGAGAUCCUGCGUUCGAGCUCGGGGGUAGUGUGCGGUGUUUGAGGAAAUCCGCCGGUUACUUGGUUCUGGGGAAGUGUAGGGCUGCUUAGUCUGGCUGGCUGCAAGUAGGGUUUGAGAGCAGGGAGAAAGAAGCUUUGUUGACGAUUCUCUGGCGCCCCCGGAGUUGUUUAUUAUCUAUGCCUA